AUGGAACCCAGACUCCAAGUCAACAAAACAACACCGAACCCAGACUUCAUCAGUUACCAGCCCUCCCAACCACGGCACCAGCGCGAGCCACCAGGUGCCGAAGUCGGCUGCGUCUCGUCCCUACGCACCUCUCUCUCCUUCCUCGAAUCCUCCGUCACCACCCUCGGCACGGGCGUGCAAGACUUUCCGCGCCUCACUUCCGUGCUCAAGACCGUCCGCCACUAUGAACUAAUCCCGCAACCGACCCUCGCCGCCGCCGAAGCCUCCCUGCGCGACGAGAUCGGCCCCUUUGUCGCCCUCCUCCUCGACCGCGCCGACAAGCACCUGGAGCGCCAGGCCCGCCGCAUCGAGACCCUCAAGGCGCGCGCCGAGUUGAACGCCGGGAGGCUGUCGCGGUAUCCGGUGGAGGGGGAGGGGAUGAAACAGCAGUUGGGGGGUGGGGGUGGUAGGGCGAUGGGGAAGGGGAUGGGAAAGGUAGGGGGGAGUGGGAGUCGUGCUGGUGGGGGGAAGAGCAGGCAGACGCUGGAUGGGGGUGCGGGGCUGCGGGCCAAGGUGGUGAGGCAGCGGAAGGAGGCGCUGCAGUAUAGCGUGGAGAGGCUGGAGUUGGAGGUGCUGCAGAAGGAGAGGGAGUUGCGGGUGAGGGUGGAGCAGGCGUGA